ACAGAGUGAUAGGAGCCGCUGAAGUCUGCGUUGGUGCCCGUCUCUCCACUUUUGACCACAAAGAAUUGCAGGAGGAACCAUAGAGGAACAAUGUUACGGCGAAAACCUUCCAACGCCUCAGAGAAGGAGCAGGUGCUGGAGAAGGUGCAGAAGAAGAAGCUCACCCUGCAGAGGUCCAGCAGCUUCAAGGACUUCAUGAAGCCCAAGUCCCCUGUAGUGCUGGACAAGGAGUUCAAUUUGGACUACACAGUGCCGGAGGAUGUGUCUGAGGAGGAGACAGUGAAGAGUGGCAGUAAGCAGGGGAAGAAGUCGUGGCGUAACGUCAUCUCACGCACCAUGACCCGUAAAACCUCCAAGAGGGUACAGAAGGCUCUGGCAGAGGGGGGGGAAAGUGGCGAGGAGGGCUCCCCGUCCCCCACCACAGACUGGAUGCCAGACCUGACAGCAGGCAAUAGGACCUCCGUGUGCUCCACAGGCUCAGAGGACACCAUCUACAGCCCCCUCGCUCGCCAGCUCUCUGGGUGUGGGGACCGCCAGAGCCUAGACAGUGGCUACAGCCAGAGAGACAGCAUGAGGCUGGAGGAGUCCAGUCCUCCCUACACAGGCCCCUUCUGUGGUCGUGCCCGCGUCCACACAGACUUCAUCCCCAGCCCCUACGACAUUGAGUCCCUCAAGCUCCAAAAAGGUGACAUCAUCCAGAUAAUUGAGAAAGACCCGGUGGGCACAUGGACGGGGAAGCUCAACAACAAGGUGGGCACCUUUAAGUUCAUCUACGUCAACAUCCUACCGGACGAGACCACACCACCCAUGAGGAAGAGGUGCUCCGGCAAGAACCGCCGCUCCAUGGCCAAAGACAAGCCCCAGACCCUGGAGGAAGUUCUGGAGAGGAUCGGUCUCAUCGAGCUGGGCUCUUUGCUGUCUAUGCAUGGCUUCCAGAGCCUGGAGGACUUUAGCGGACUGAAGGAGUCCCACCUCAAUGAGCUCAACAUCACAGAUGCUGAACAACGUACAAAGAUCCUGACUGCUACUGAGCUGCUGCGUGAAUCGGAUGAUGAGUCUGAGCCAGAGGAGGAGGUAAGUAGUGUUGAGGAGAAGGGUGAUGUACCCAGGGACUCGGGCUGUUUCGAGAGCACAGAAAACCUGGAGAACGGGCGCCAUGAACCAGAGGGAGAGCCAGGUACAGAGCAGAAGUCUAACCGGGAGCCAGAGCAGCACCAGGUUGAAGAGGGUCAGCUGAGUUCUGUUGAGGAGCAACUGCAGGAGCUUACAGUGGACGUGGUGGUCACCUGAAUACUGAAGAGAGGCUCUGGAAUUGAUGAGCCUUGGUUGGUUGACUGUACUGAUGGACAUUUUAUCAAAAGCCAACGACAAUUGGUUGAUUGAUU